AUGGAUUUUUUGCAAUUACCAAAUGAAGUUGUAUAUAAUAUCUUCAAAUACAUAGAUAUUGAGAUAUUAGAGUCAUAUUUGUCCGUGCCGCAAUUAAAUAAAUUUAUAGUCAAUUAUUUAUAUCCAAUUGCUGAGAUAAAUGAAAGGUCAAAGUUUAGACUAGUCAAAGAAUUCAAUAGGUUUUGUAAAAAGUUCAAUUAUGAAUAUUUUCCUAGGUCAAUUAUAAGUAAUACAUUUGUGCCUUGCUCGAACUUAAAGUUAAUUUCAAAUGAGGAAAAUUAUCAAUUUGAAAAUAUAACUAGUUUGAAAUUGACAUGCAAAGUGAAAGAUAAACUACCAUCAAGUGUAAAAAAAUUAGAAAUUAAGUUUGAUAAUUAUAAUUUGAUAGCCCCGGGAUUAGAAGAAUUGUGUAUUGAAGGUUGUAUAUUGAAUUAUCUUGAAUAUUUACCAUCUAGUAUUUACAAAUUGACAAUUAUAGACUUUAUUGGUGUCGAAUUGAAACUACCUCGAAAUAUUAUUGAUCUAGAGAUUACAGAGUUGAGUAAUUCAAUAAAUAUAAUACAUGAUAAUAACGUUAAAAGAUUGAGAUAUAAAGGAAAUUUACACACGAAUAGUUUUCAAUAUCUUCUUCAGGUGAAUUUAGAUAGACAAUUGGUGGAAUCACUAACACUUGCAAGAUUGAAUUUAAUUUCAUUAAGUCAAAUUGAUGAAUAUGAGAGUCUCAAAGAAUUGGAGAUAAUAGAAUGUCCAAAUAUAAAUGUUUUUACCGAUUUAUUACCACAUAAUUUAGAAAAAUUAACAUAUAAACUAACAAGUCAUAUACCAUCAGUUAAUUUCAAUUUGAAAGUUCAAGAAUAUACAAUUGUUGCAAAGCUUAAACUCCCUCCAAGUCUAAAAUCAUUAGUCAUACAAAACCACCCAUUACUUAAAUUGGACUCAUGUAUCAGUUUGCCACCAACAUUAAAAGUAUUAAAUAUUUCAAAUACUGGUGGAUUCUCAGGAAAUAUGAAUAAUUUGAAAUUACCAAGUACACUUUAUAAAAUAACAUUGAUUAAUUUGGGUCUUGAUAAAUUACCAGAUCUACCAUCAUCAUUAAUUUAUUUAGAUGUAAGUAAAAAUAGACUUAGAACGAUUACCUUGAAAAGUUUAAAAUAUUUACAAUGUUUAAACUUACUGAGAAAUUUAAUAUCAGACAUUAGUUCAAUACCUUCAAGCUUGGAAUUCCUAAAGCUUAAUAAUAAUCCAAUUCACAAACUAGACUCAUUAUCGCCAUUAUUUAAAGUUCAAUUUUCAACUGAUUUGUUAUUUGAAAUACCAAAUGUAAGAAAUUUAGAGAUAUCUCUUUCCAUAACAUCUUUCAAUAAUAAUUUACCAAAUAAUCUCGAAUCAUUAUAUAUUCAUAAUAAGCUUAACAAGCUUAUAAAUUAUAGUAAUUCAUUUUUUCAAUUUCCUUUAAAUUUGACAAGACUAACACUUAUCAAUACUAAUAUUCCAAGUGAUGUUCUUUUUUAUUUCCCAAUCACAAUUGAAGAGGUAACUAUACAUGGUAAUUGGAGUCAAAAGUCACUUAACCUAUUUUUGGACAGUAUAGAAAAAUGUACAAGAUUGAUAAGUGUAAAUUUAAGCGGUGGUAAUGUUGAAGUUGUUAAUGUUGAUCGUAUGCCUAAUACAAUUGAAUAUUUAAUGUUCAAAAAUAUGGGAUUGAAAUUUAUAAUUGGAAUAUUUCCAACAUCAUUAUAUUCUUUAAAUUUAGAAAUGAAUUAUAUACAAAGUUUGAAUGUUCCCAAUGUUACAUAUUUAAAUUUAGAAAAGAAUAGAUUGGAAAAUUUAAAUCAUUUUGAUUUCAAAAAUUGUGUGGAAUUGAAAGAGUUAAAAUUACUGUUAAACCCAUUGACAGAAUCUACCAUAGACAAAUUAAUACCAUUAACUUUAUAG